AUUGCAACAAAUAAUCCAUUCUCACUCCUUGCGUAAAAAUAUGCCCAGUCAGCGUUUUUAGCUGGAGCCACUGUUUACUUCCGCUUCCGGGGGCACCACUGUUCUAUGGUGUUCCGGUUUGGAUUAUCCCAGGGCUUCUGAGAGCAACAAGCGCAGAAGCCCUGGGUACGAGGUUGUAUUUUCGUGGGUUUUCCGGACGUGUUUCCACAUGUUAGGUAAUCUUCUUGUCCACAUGUUCAUGUUCAGUAUGUUUAUAAACAUGGGAUUUGAUGUUUUUAAAAGUAUUGGGAAGGCAUUUGGGAAGUACUUGAGCGGUUCUAUGAUGUUUUAUGUGUAUUGUGGAAAGUAUUAUACCAAAAAUCAGUAGAAGUAAAAUGGCAUUUCGUCUGAUUUCCAAAAUCUUAUAUGACAGUUCAAAGUCAAAAAUAUAUUGGAAUGUUUGUAACAUUUCUCAACGAUUUUACGGGACUAGCUUUUCAGGGACAGUAUUUCUGGGCAGUAGGCUGUGUGUGCAAACGUUUUUACAAACUGCAAGACAUGGAAGGAACUAUUUUAUACAAAGCAGAAUAUGUUUUAAAAGAGGUUUGAAUACAGGAACUGCUGUGUCAAAAGAAAAGGGUUCUGAUCUAAGGAGACUGUUUGGUUUGGCCAGGCCUGAGGCGCUUAGGAUUACUGGUAUGGGAUAACAUGAUGUAUUACGAUAUUAUGCCCACUUGGAAGAGGUUGUAGAAAUGUCUCUCCUCUAUAGAGGCAUGUCAGUUUAAUAUGUGGGCUACAUACCCAUAAUAUGUGAGGCGCAUGCAGGUCAUUGAUGAAUGCGCACAAAGGAUCAAGGAAAGAAUGGGAAAAUUUGCUCUUCCAUUGCUCCCUCGCACAUGUUUUUAUCAACCACCUGAAUGCCUUACAUUUUCUGGGUACACAGCCUUCACAGUGGCGGAAAUCUCAGGGGGGGGCGGGGCUGCCCCCCCACCUUUAUGGAAAAUGACGAAUUUUCGGAAAUUUUGACCUAUAAAAGGGCUAAAAACAACCUUUUCGAGUGCAAAUGGGGGGGGGGUUCGUCAGAAAUUUGAAAGUUUUGUCGGAAAUUUAGAAGGCUUCGCCCCCCCCCCCCACCGAAAAAAGUGAAUUUCCGACACUGAGCCUUCACAUAUUGUGGAACAAAAAUUGUAAUAAAACAAUUAUUGUACAAUUACCACCUUUAAUACACGCUUCUGGAAAGUAUGACACUCUCGUGAUUGCAAUGCUUGGCUUUAAAUAAUGUUACAUAUACAAAAACGAGGCUCAAAUGCCAAGGUGAUAUACUUUACAGAAGAGUGUAUUAUAGAGGUGUCUGCUAUAUACAUGUUACGUCUGUUAGAGCGGAGCGGAAGAGAAGAAUUCCAACUCUUUAACCUCAUGCGGCUUCAAAUUUAUCCAAGUUUAUUAUUGGAUCAUUCCAGGAAGACCCAGAUUCCUUCCACUACACAUGAAAUUUCUACCAUCCAGAGGGGAAAAGUACAUUUGAUGUCUGAGGGGAUAAGGGGGACUUAACUCCACUUUCCUUUGCGGGGUAGGUGUGGAAGUUUUAUGGAAUGACUCAUUUGGAAACCUUUUCGACAGGUGCUGUUGUACUAUUGUUUGUAUCAUCUGGCAUAACCAUGGCUGUACCAUUCUGUAUGGGGAAAAUCAUUGAUAUUAUUUACACAGAGAGUGAAACACAUGAUGCAAUGAUACAAAAAUUAACUGCAUUUUCAAAAAUAUUAUGUGGAGUGUUCUUAUUGGGGGCCUUGGCUAACGCAGUUCGAGUUUAUUUAAUAUAUACGUCAGGUUAGUAUUGUGUUAGAAUUUCAUUUAAAGAAGCCCUGGGAAGGACGUGUUGAUUUACAGUAUGUUAAUUACCAAAAACAAGACCAUAUGCAAUAGGAUUGUGCCUCUGGAAUAAAGCUGUUACCAUCAAAGCAUUGGUAGGCUAUAUAGAUUAGGCAAAUUUCCAUGCAAUUUAAAGCAAAAGAGUAAAGUGGCAAUUAAUGUGCCCUACUUUGUACUACAUACUCUGUCUAAUGCCAGAUGAUUUUACUCAUUAAUGAAGGGGAAAGUGCUGCCACUCAAUGGGUUAAUCAGACUAUCUGCCCAUGCACCCUGUUAACCCUUUAAGUGGCAAUGUACCCCACUUUAUUAUUUUACUCUGUCUAUUGCCAGACAAUUUUACUUGUCAGGGAGACAGUGCUGUCACUCAAUGGGUUAAAGAACUAACUAAAACUUCAACCUAAGAGUUCAAUCGAUUUUGAGGUUUUGUAAGUACCGUAGUGUCUUCCAGUUAUAAAUAGCCACGAUUGCUUUUGUAGGGGAAAGAAUCGUUUUCAGACUAAGACACCAACUUUUUCAAUCAGUCACAAACCAGGAGGUAUCCUUUUUCGACAAGCGAGGAACAGGGGAGCUUGUUAGCCGACUUUCAGGCGACACCUCAUUAGUUGGUCACGCUAUAACUUACAAUGUUUCUGAUGGAUUACGAGCUUUGGUUCAAGCGUCGGCUGCUGUGUCAAUGAUGGUAAUGCAUGAAAGCAUUUUAUUUUUAAAGAAAUCGAGGAAACAUAAUAAUUAGGUUAUGUAACUACAUGUACAGUCCUGCUCAAUUGUAGUAGAUAUUAAAGCCCCGGUCAAACCAUAGUUAAUAGAAUAGAUGGUUUGGAAACUCAUCAGUCAAUGUUUAUUCAUAAAUCUGUUCGUUCACCGUCACGUGUGUAUUGUAUUUUUGCCCAACUAACCAAUAGCAAUGUCUUAGGAAUGUUAUGUAUCCGUGACUCGAACAAUAGGGUAAACUGGAAAUUGCUAUUGGUAGAUUAGGCAAAAAUACAAUACAAACGUGACGGUGAACGAAUGAAUAAACGUUGACUAACAUAGAUAAUGAGUUAUUGUUAUUCUAAUGAGUUUCCAAACCAUCUAUUCUAUAACGGGGAUGAGAGUUGCAACUCCAAAUCUCAUCGACUUGGAGUUUGUUCAAACUUCGAUGAGAGUUUUUCGCUACACGCACCGUAAUAUCCAGUCAACUCUCAUCAAACGCUCAUGCAACUCUUGUUCUCGUUUGACCGGGACUUAUUUUAUUUUUUUAUUACCCAGAAAUAACCUAGAAGGUCGCGUUUUUGAGAUACAUUCGUGUUGUAAAUGCGUUCAGUUUUGCAUUCCGAAUGCGUUCGAUUCUACUGUAUGUCCGAGAAUGAGUUGAACGAACACGUUUUUGAACGCGUUUCUGCAAGAGGCUUGUAAUUGUAAUUGUAAUUAUAAUGUAUAAUUAUAUAAUAAAUAUAUGUGAAUAAUAAGGACAUUAUUGGACCAUUAUUGGACCAGGUCAGAACAGGAUGGAAGUUGGGUCUAUUUAAAUUGACAGGAGUUGAACCAGCGUCCCUGGGAUUCUGGUGCUCUAACCAACUGAGCUACAGAGUCUAUAGUGGUCGAGCUCCAGCCACAAGUUCUUAAAUCAUAGUAGAAUAGCUCGUCUUGACGUAUGAUUCGUCUGUAUGUCUGUGGCCUCAUCUAUGCUAGAUGGAGUUUAUUUGCAGUGAAACAUGUUAUCCGCAUGAUCCAAAAUGAAUGAGUUCACUGAUAGCACUAUUAAAUUCCAUUCCAUUUUUCAGUCCUACACGUCUCCAAAACUGGCAUCAAUAGUACUCGGGAUUGUUCCACCCGUGGCUGCCCUCUCUGUAGUGUAUGGACGGUAUUUACGAGGAAUUACGAAAAAUGUUAGAGAUUCCCUCGCUGUUUCUACCAACGUAAGAUAUGCAGUAAAUACUACCUGAUUAACGUCUUGAGAUUUUGUUAUUGCAAUAUGUACAUGAUCUAUAUCAAAUCAUGGUAAUUUUUAGAUUGCAGAGGAAUCACUAAGUAACAUUCGUACUGUACAAGCAUUUGGUCAAGAAGACAAACAGAUAGCCAGGUAAUUCAAAACCCGUUCAAAAAAUUGAAAUUAGAAGGAGUAACAAUUCAGACAAUUUAAGCUGUGGUAUAUUGUUAACUUUUUAUUGCAUAUAGGUACAGAAACAAGAUUGAAGAAGUGUUUAAUUUAACUAAGAAAGACGCAAUGGCUUCAGCAAUAUUUUGGGGCUUUGUAAGUGCACAUUCUUAAAUUAUUUUUUUCUUUUCUACUUCCAUUGUUCCUUUAUGCAAUGCAUGUAUGAUUUCUUCUUUGUCUUAAUUCAGACCGGCUUAUCUGGGAACCUGAUCGUGUUACUAGUACUAUAUUAUGGUGGUAACAUGAUUUCAUUGUCGCAAAUUACGGUUGGAGGUUUAACUUCGUUCAUGGUUUACGCCGCAUGGGUUGGAAUUUCUGUCGGAGGUGAGAAGUUCCCAACUGUAUUUAAUAUAUUGUAUUUAUUAUGUUGUGUAAUUCUGUGCUGUUGUGCUGUAUUUAAAGCAGUCGAAUAAAGUGUUUAAUUGUAAUAGUUUUUGUGCCUUUUAUGAGUUUUAUCCAUGAGAACAUCUUUAUAAGACGACAUUUGAACAGCAAUACAGUAAGUCAUUGUAACUGGUGUUUGUCUCUUCAUUUUGGCAAGGUUUCAGUUCGUUUUAUUCCGAGCUGAUGAAAGGUGUUGGCGCAAGCUCGCGAUUAUGGCAGUUACUGGACCGAAAAUCACUGAUACCUCGUUCAGGUUUGUUAAACUUGUAAACGAUUUGGCAAAAUCAUAACCGAAUCACUAAAUAUAUUUGAGACUAUUGCUCUUUGACCUGUUGUCUGCACCAUCAAUCUCAUUUUUUUUAUGAAAUUAGUAAAAAAAGAAGUUUAGGUUUCCUUUUUCCCCAUGUUUAUUUAAAUUGUAACACUAUUUUAUCCUAUAUUUUGGAUGAAAUCACUCUCCUUUCCAAACCGCCUUUUUCCUAUGAGAUUAUGGGUUCAAUUCUCUCUGAUUUGCUUCCACAGUGAAUAUUGACGGGGUGAGUUAGGUUGCAUAGGUCACGCCCACACGAGUGACGUCAGCACUGGCGGCAGGUACACACAUGAUUUGCUGGUAUGCCACUAUGCCUAUUUUUCCGACUCGUAUCUGGUCCCUGAGUGAGUUUUAAAAAAUGAUGAUGCAUGAUGGGAAGGUAAAAUUUUCAGUUAAUUUUUCGUCUUCGUUCAUUAUGCAUCACAUUUUUCAGUCCACUGAGCUAUAUAUGUUUUCGUAAGAUGUAAUCAAAUAUAUCUAUGGCGAAAUAUAAAUUGGAAAUAUAAAAAUUGGACAAUAUCUUUAUUCUUGUUAGUUGGCGUUGCUCUACAUGAAGACGAUCUUGGUAAAGGAAUCGAAUUUAACGAUAUUCAUUUCAAGUACCCCACUCGUCCUGACGUCCCUAUAUUCUCCUCACUAAAUCUCACGUUUCCUGCUGGUCACGUGACCGCAGUGGUCGGGCCGAGUGGGUCUGGGAAGAGUACAAUUACGUCAUUAUUAUUACGGUUUUAUGACCCGGAUGUUGGUUCUGUUUUAAUUGGUGGUCACGAUAGUCGUGUUGUGAAACCUGAUUGGCUUAGAAGUCACAUUGGGAUUGUUAAUCAGGUAAAGACCCGGUUUAUACCAAGUUUUUCCAGCCUACGACCACAAAAUAGGAAAGUACAUCAGAACUGCAGAAGUGUAACUUGAGUCGGUGUUUACGUCCACGAAAAUUUUAACUCGCUCACGCCAUCCUGGCUAGUACAGCCGGAAGUUUUUAUCAGGUUUUGGUAGGUACAAAGUGCCGGUUGUACUAGCCAGGAUGGCGUGAUUGAUGACGAAUCGCUUGUAAAAACGCGGACAAAUACUUGCUUGAGUGAGACUUCUAGUGUACCUUCCUAUUCUGUGCUACGACCAUGUUGUGAAAAAUGUUUUUUCUCUCUGAAAACUUGGGGCUAGAUCUUAGGGCUCAAAAUUUUCAGCAAAAGAUUACAAUAAAUAGGGAAAAAUAACAAAAUUGUCAUUUGUAACUGUUUUAUAGUGUUGUGGUGUAAAGCAAUAACCCUGAAGUAAUAAUCAUGGUAGUUACGACUUUACAGGAUUAAAAACAAAUUUACACACCCGCAGGCUAUAUGAAUAUUUUUGUCGAAACUUUUCCGCUGUAAUUUAGGUAUCGAAUUGAUUAAUUAAUUAGGUGUUUAAUCAUUUCAACAAUUUUUAUUUGGUAAUUAAGAUAUUCAGUCAGUCUAACUUUCAGAAUUAGCUAUCAAACAUAAAAAUGUCUGUGAAAAUUUCUUCAAAAAUAUAGAUCUCAAAUAAUUUCUGGAGACAACUGUAGGUUGCCAGGUUCCGAUGCUGUUUCCACGUCUCGUUAAAGAAAAACAUCUACUGUGUAUAAAUCUACACACGUUAAAACGCACAAGUUGUAACCAACCUGCAUCAGACUUGUAGCAAUGCUGUUCCAACGACCUGUCAACAGGAUGCAUGUUGGCGCUACGUGUUCCCUAGCCUACGUCAUAGACUCGGGGAACGAGUUUGAGUCUAUGAUGUAGGCUACGUGUUCCCAGCUUGUUGAUAAGUUGUCAACGGCUUGUCGACAAUUUUCUACAAGGUUUUUGAGUUCCACAGACUUGCUACAAGUUGUUCCAACAACAAAUUCAACAAUUUGUCAAUAAGUUGUGAGUGACAACCUUGUAGCAACUUCAUAAAAUAACAACAUUGUUACAACUUGUUGACAGGCUUGUUACAAGCCUGUUGCGAACACAUCUUGUUGACAAGUUGUGAGAUUUUGACGUGUGUACCUCUCCAUCUUUCCACAGGAACCAAUAUUAUUUUCUGGCAAUAUAGAAGACAACAUAGCUUAUGGUUGGCGACCAGAAAAUGGAUCGUUAAAAUUUCAAGAUGUUUUGAAUGCUGCCCGACAGGCCAACGCUCUGGAAUUUAUUGAAAGUUUUCCGCAAGGAUUUAGCACAGUUGUUGGAGAGAAAGGACAAAGUCUUUCUGGUAGGUCCGCUGUGGAUACAGUAUCGAUCAUGCUGUGGAUAUGGUAUAUUGUGAUGUGGUAUGGUUUUUAGUGGUAUGGUGUGGUACGAUGUGAUACUGUUUGUACACUAUGAUAUGAUUUUGAAUGGUAUAGGUUUGGUGUUACACUGUUACCAGUGUGGUUUGGUAUGGUAUAACACGUUAUGGUAAGGAUUGUAAUAGUUUGAUUUACUUAAAAUUGGUUGGUUACUAUGGUAAUGUCAUGGUAUGUUGUUGUAUGGUGUAAUAGGUACAGUAUGGUGUAAAAAAAUAAGGUUUUCCAAAACUUGAAAAGUUACAAUUUCUUCGUUUAAGGUGGACAACGUCAGAGGAUCGCCAUUGCUCGAGCACUAUUGAAGGUAUAAGUUCACACAUCAUAGAUAGUGUUCUGUUUUGCGUAUGGUGUUUCUGGACACUUUUAUUAAAAGUUUUAUAGUUGCGUUGCUUAAUAUUACGAAAUCUAGUGUCAACAUAUGCAUUUUAAUUUUGAUCUUCCAGAAUCCCAAAAUCUUAGUCCUUGACGAAGCCACAAGGUAGGUUUAUCCUUUUAAGUAAGUUCUAACAUAGGCGUACGAGGCCGGGGGAGGAGGCACCCCCCAGUAAUGUGACGAAAAAUUUUAACCCGUUCAAAAUUGUUAGCGCCCCCCCCCCCCCCCCGUAGGUCGGGCAAUGUGCAGCAAGAUCGGGCAAAUUUUUGUUCGCCCUUAAAUCUGAACGACGAUAUUUCAAAAGUAAUUUGUAUCUUUUAGUGCGCUGGAUGCGAAAAGUGAACAUCUCGUACAGGAGGCUUUAGAUCGUUUGAUGAAAGACAGAACUGUCAUAACCAUUGCUCACAGAUUAUCUACCAUUAAAAACGCUCACAAUAUUUUAGUUUUGGACAAAGGGAAGAUCUGCCAGUCUGGCUCUUAUUCGGAGCUGAUGGAAGACAAACAUGGACUAUUUUAUAAACUUAUAGAAAAGCAGACGCUCUCUAAUACAACUAUAAAUUCACUGCCAACUUAGAAGUUAAUAUCUUAUUAUGUCGUUAGGGUUAAAUAUAAAUUUGGCAAAUCUUUUAAGGAGAGGUGCAACGGUAUCGCUCACGGCCCCCUAAAGUCAGCCACGUGACGUAUGCACGUACUAUACAUAUGUGUCAGUGUAUUUGUGAAUUGUGACUGUACGAUCUAUCAAAUUUUGCCCCGCAAGCUUAUGCUUUAAACACCAUCGUGCAUAAAUAAAGUCAUAUUAUUAUUAUUACAUUGCUACUACAUUGACACUUGUGUAGAUGAAUGGCUAUCACUGUUUUAAUUUUACG